GUUUGGCUAUGGGUAGUGCCGUAGCACCUGUUGCUGCUAAUAUGUAUAUGGCACAGGUAUUAAUAGAAUCAUUUGGAGAACCAGGUAAUAAUGCUUGGUCAUCAAUAAUAAUGAUUAGGUCGUAUAUAGAUGAUCUUUUCGCUGUUAUGACUGAUGAUUUUCCUCUUGAUUUUAUUGGACAUAAGAUUAGUAAUGUCGCUUCUCCAUCUAGAUUUGAACUAGAAGGCGUCAUGGGUAAUAAAGUAUCAUUUCUAGACUUAGAAUUAGAAAUAUGCGUUAAAUUAUCAUCUGUCAAUAAGGCUUAUGCAUGUGUUUCUAUAAAACCGUAUGAUAAACCUACGAACAUUCAUGCCUAUACAGAUACUGAAUCUUAUUAUCCCUAUAAUUAUCGUUACUCUUGGAUUCAAGGCGAAAAUAUUCGCCUUAUUCGAAACUCGGAUAAAGAAUUUUCCUAUGAAAAAGCACUAUAUGAAUUCAAGUACUUUUUGGAAAAUAGAAGAUAUCCGAAAGUUGAAAUUAAUAAGCAUCUAAGGCUUAACAACUAUUCUGACAGGAAUGACUUAUUAUUAGUCAGGGACUUUAAAAAAGAUUUUAUAAGUCAAAUUGAUUUUAUCAUACCUGUACAAAAUACUCCAAGUCGUGACAUAAUUAUCAAAUUAUUUAGAAAGGUAUUUAAGAUUUAUAAUUGCAAUGCUACCGUACAAUCAAAUCGAAUUCUUAGAGUCGCAUUUCCUGUACGGAAAGGAACAGCA